AUGUCCUUGAAUGUACUCGACCUCGAAGAACUUCAUACUCCAGAGACUAGAACAGAGGAAUGCGAGGUGAAAAAGGGAAAGAACGGAAACGGGUUUAUUUGCCGUGUAUUUUUGAUUUUGGGGUUACUAAACUACAAAAAAUGCUCACCGGUACCACGAAUCCGAAUUUGGAUGAUUUUGGUUGGAGCACUUUUGUGUUUGGAAAGAGGAAUAGCCAUUCGACGGCUGAUUUCAAAAUCAAUAUUUGAUAAAGAAGAUAUUGAAUUAUCAGAUCAUGAAGCCUGUUUCAGACGGGAAACAAAAAGGAAACAAUUGAAAUCAAGACCGGUAUCCCAGGAUUUCAUAUGGCUGCUUUUAGUGGUUUUGUGA